UAAAAAUGUCAAAAUACCAUUAAAAUGUGCACCCCAGAACAACUGACCCCUCCGUACGGCGUGAUUGAUAACCGCUCUGGACCAAUCAUGUUUCGCGGUUCAAAGACCACGUGGCCCAACUUUGCUUGGACGCCAUUAGAAGGUACAGACAAAAAGCUAUAUAAGGGUGAAGACUACAACACAGAAUUUGAUCCGAAAGUGUUCCUGUCAACAUACUUCAGUGACGUCACGGGACAUGCUGACAAAGGCGACCACAUGGAGUUUAUGAUGGAUUCUCUUCAUGGAAUAUUUUCUGACGGUGAGCUACGUGGACGACGUCUUCUCGAUGUGGGGACAGGGCCCAGCAUCCACACUAUCAUCAGCGCCGGCAAACAUGUGGACGAGAUCUACCUCAGCGACUUCUCCAAACCCAACAGGGAGGUCCUGCAGGACUGGAAGAAAGGAAGGUUGACUCACAGCUUUGAGACGUUCUUCAAGUACAUCGUCGACAAAGAAGGGAACAGUGAAAGCGCCGGUGCAAGGGAAGAGGAAACUAGGACGAAGGUGAAGGACAUAUUUUUCGUUGACCUUCUUUCAGACUCCUGGCCAGAGCUGUCGUCCCAGCAACCAUAUGACGUCAUAAUCACGUCUCGGUGUUUGGAAUCCUUGGCACCGACGAUCGACGUGUACCACUCCAUUUUUGAGAGACUGGUUGCCUUGUUGAAACCAAAUGGCUUUUUGGUCAUCAUCGGCGUCUUGGGGGUACCGUACUACAAAGUCGGAGAGAAACAUUUCUAUGCCCUCACUUUGACUGAAUCCGACACGAAGGAGAUUUGUACCCGUUGUAAUUUGGAUCUGUUACAUUGGGAAUCUACCAAACUCGAGAUGGGUACUCCGACAACAGAAUUAGGUUUCAAAAGAACAUUAGCGAUGGUCGCAAAAAAAGUUAAAAGCCAAUAGAUUGUUGACUUCCGUGCUUAACGCUCAAUAUGUUGUUUGUUAACGAGACUGGUCUGAGUUUGGGGUCAUUAUCAGAUGUUUCCCAUCAUUAAAUUGAGACUUUCUAAAGAUAAAAAUUACAUAUUAAUGACAUUUUCUUGUUUAGAAUAUCAGAGUUUGUAUAUCCAAUGUGUUUCUGACAUUUGUAGAAGUUCGAACCUCAUUUUAUUUCAUAAUGUAUAAUACAUUUUAUGAACCUAGUCUCCUAUCACUACUAGCCCCGUGGUAAAGCGCUCGGUCGAUGCGCGGUCGGUCAGGGAUCGAUCCCCGUCGGUGGGCCCAUUGGGCUAUUUCUCGUUCCAGCCAAUGCACCACGAUUGGUAUAUCAAAGGCCGU